AUGUCAAGAGAAAAGAAAACUGUAGCCAUUAUUGGAUCAGGAUUUAGUGGUUUAUGUGCUGCUAUUCGUGUUAAACAAGAAUUGGGAAUUAGAGCUACUGUAUUUGAACUUUCUGAUAAUGUUGGAGGAACAUGGCAUGUUAAUACUUAUCCUGGAUGUGCUUGUGAUAUUCCUGUUCAUUUGUAUUCUUUUAGUUUUGAACUUAAUUCAGAAUGGUCUCAAAAAUAUAGUCCUCAAGCAGAAAUUCAUGAAUAUUUAGUACGUGUAGUAGAUAAAUAUCGACUUCGUAGUCAAAUCAAACUCAAUACAGAAGUCAUCUCUGCAACUUGGUGUGAAGACUUACUACAAUGGAAAGUGGAAUAUCGACAUAAAGAAGACCCUCCUGAAACAAAAUAUUUUGAUAUUGUUUUUGCUGGUUUAGGUUCUCUUAGAAUACCAAAAAUACCAAAACAAUUUACAAAGUUUGAAGGUCCAACUGUUCAUAGUGCUAAAUGGGAUCCUACUAUUGAUUAUUCCAACAAACGUAUUGGUAUCGUUGGUACUGGUGCAAGUGCUAUUCAAUUGACUCCUGAAUUACAAAAGAUUGCUACCAAUUUAGUCGUAUUUCAACGUACUCCUCCAUGGAUAUUCCCAAAAGCUCAAUUCAAUUAUUCCAAAUUAGUACAAUUCAUCUUUCGGUAUUUUCCCUUUAUCAUGCGUCUAUACAGAUGGUAUUUGUUCCUUGGUCAUGAAUGGUUUUACUAUGGUUUCCGUGAUAACAAUGGUAUUCUUGCAAAAUUAGGUCUACGUUAUUUCAGACGCAUUACUGCCGAAACCUUAACAAAAGCUGGGAGACCUGAUCUUAUUCCUAUCAUGACUCCAAAUUAUGCACCUGGUUGUAAGAGAAUUGUUCGUUCUGAUGAUUAUCUUCAAACAAUGGCCAAAUCCAAUGUGAACGUCGUCACUUCUCCUAUUGGUAAUAUUCAAGGAAAUACCAUUUAUACUAAGGAUGGUCAAGCUUAUGAAUUGGAUAUUCUUGUUUUGGCUACUGGUUUCGAAAUUGGGAAAUUUGGUGGAAAUAUCAAACUCUAUGGAAGGAAUAAUAUGGAUUUGACUAGUUAUUGGAGAAAUCAUCCACCAAGAACAUUCAAAUCGACUCUAGUGAAUGAUUUCCCUAAUAUGUUUAUUCUUUUUGGUCCUGGUACUGGUUUAGGUCAUAACUCGGCUAUUGGCAUUAUUGAAAGUCAAGUGGAAUAUGGUAUCAAAAUGAUAAAGUAUAUGAUGGAUCAUCGAUUGGAUGCAAUGGACCCUACUAGAAGUGCACAAAAGGUAUACUCGACAAGACUUGUGGCCAGUUUCAAGGAUUCAGUGUGGCAAUCUGGAUGCAGGUCUUUCUACAAAAGUAUAGAUGGUAAUAUUUACUCUCUUUGGAGUGGAACAGUCAUGUCCUUCUGGCGUGAAUUGAAGAAUACAGGUUUCGACACAAGCUUCAAUUAUUAUCGAAAGGCUUUACCACCUGUGGAAUAUUCUGGUGAAAUAGGCAAAACGAAGUUAUAA